AUGGACAAGACGGGCCCCGGCACCCCCGAAAGGGGUGGCACAUUGCACCGCUUCCGUAUCGAGAAGCCAAGACCGACAAACACGGCAGCGGCCCGGCGGCCCUCCAAGACGAGCCCCCGCGUCAAGACGGACCAGAGCAUGUACGGCGCCGAAGGCAACGAGGACGCGGGAGAGAGUCAAAGCGCCCAGGGCGAGGAUGGCACCACGCCUUCGGCUGGCGGCAUGCAGUCUGUCGCCACACAGGGCAGCGACGGGACCGUCGCGAUGUACGCCUGCAUCCGCUGCCGCAACUCCAAAAAGAAGUGCGAUCGCAUCCUCCCCGAAUGCACCGCCUGCAAGCGCCUGGGUGCCCGCUGUUUCUUCCCCUCGCCCGUUGCCAGCACCGCCAGUCAAGCUGCUGCUCUGCGCGCUCGUGUGACGUGGCUGUCCAACUUCGUUGACUCGCUGAUGCCCGUCGGCUCGGCACCAGUUUCGUGCUACGACACGGGCUACGACCUGCACUCGGUGCCACAUCUUGCACGGCUAGCGGAGGGUGCAGCAGCAAGGGGAUCCAUAGCAACAACGACAACCGGGCCCGCACCAGGCCUCGGAGCAGGUUCUGCCCUGGUUCCAGGCGCGGUUCCAGGAGCAGUGCCGGGUGCAGCUCCAGGAACCGAGUCGGCGCCGAUCGUGGUAUCACAUAACCCACCACCCGAGGACCAUGACAUGGACGGCAUCCCACCGGGGCCAACAUCUGCUGGCAGCAUUCAUCAGCAGCCAACGCCCUCCAGCACGGACAAUCCCGAUCCGCCCCAUAUGCAUCAGCACCACGGGCCACCACCCUCCACCGUACCUCCAAUGGCUGCCGCAAGCCGGACGCCCCGCUACACUCCCUCCGAUGCUCUCAGUGUCCGGCCUAGGUUGCAGCCUGUGCGACAAUACACGCCCAGGUUCAGCCACAUGCACCUCGUCCGCGCUUACUUUCGUCACAUGCACCGUUCAUAUCCCUGCCUCUACGAAAGCUCCAUCAUCGACCUGGCCGAGUCGCACAUUGGCCACGCCGUCUUCGAGGAAGGCCACAGUAUCGACCUCACCUCUGUGCGCCUGUAUCUUGUCAUGAUUUUGGGCAUAGAAGCCAUUUCUCGGUUUGGAGGCACCCGGAGUGGUGGCGAGACCUUCCGUAACGGCAUGGCCGGACUCGGCCACCGCACAACUGCCAGCGUUGACAUUGACGAAGAAGACCGCGCCAUUGCAGCCCAGGCGCUCACGCAGAUCCGCAUGCCGUACCAAGAAAUCGUCCAAACCUGCCUCAGCAAUCGGUCUAUUCCCGCCGUUGAAGUGCUGCUCCUGCUGACCAUCUACGCGCUCUUUGACCCGGACGGCUGGUCGCCCUGGGUCAUCGUCGGCAUGCUGGGCCGCGAGUCUGUCCUGCUCGGUCUCAACCGCCGAGGAUCGUCCGCCUCGGAGCCUAGCCAGUUGUUGCAAUCCGAGUUUCACCAUCGACUGUUCUGGUGUGUCUUUUCCAUCGACCGCCUUGUGGCCAGUGUUUACGGGCUCUCCCUGGCCGUCCAAGACUACGACGCCGACCUAUCGCUUCCCGGCGUCACAACCCAAGAGUUUGCCGCCUCUGAACAGGCCGAGCACAUUACCACGCUGCAGAUUGCCCGUCAGGCGAUUGCCCUGCGCGACAUCGAGGGCCGCUGCCUCUCCCUUGUGCACUUGGACCAUGGCGGACUGGCCCUAUCCCAUCCAGCUGCGCCCUUCCACCAGCAACCGCAGCAGCGCCGGAUGCUCCUGCCUAGCCUCCGAGAGCGCCGCGCCAUGAUUGAUGAGCUGCGCGGUGCUGCCGACAACUGGUACACGCAGGGCACGCUCCUGGCGCGGCGCGAAGCUCACGCCGUUCACUUCCAUAACACUAUCACGUGGCUCAAUACCAACUACCACGGCAUGCUCAUGCUGCUGUACUGCCCGUCGCUCUUCAACUCUGGCCCCAGCGAGCCCGAAGACCUGAUGGACCUCCACCGCACCAUUGGCAAGUACGUCCAGAGCGUGUAUGCCCAGUUUGUCGACCGUCAGUUGGCACUCAAUUGGACGACCUUGAGUCGCAUGCUGGUCGUGUGCCGUAUUUUGCUACACACCUACUUCAACCUCUGCUGUGGCACGCUGCCUCCCAGCAGCGGCGGCCUCGGCAACUACGGCACUUCCGGUACGCCAGGCUCAUACUCGCUGCCGCCACCUGUCGCGCCCGAACAGCAGCUGGCGUCCAUCGUCGCCGAGCAGCUCGACAUGAUUCUGCAGUGUGAGGGCAUCCUACGCGCCUUUCAACCCACUUGGGGCUAUGCACGCAAAGGUGCCAUCCUCUACCGACGUCUCGAGGCGGUGUUCCGUAUACGCUUGCGCCAAGUACAAAGCCGCGCGGCCGCCGUUGCAGCCAACCCUGAAAUGCCACCCGCCUACUUCCACAACAGCCCUACAGACCGAGGGCACCACACAUACGGCAGCCAAGGCCAGAGCCAGGGGUAUAAUCAGCCUGGUAGCCACAAUCUUGGCUACCAUCCUGCGAACACCUUGCAGGACUAUCACAAUCACGCCCAAUACGUCAGUCAGAGUCAGGGCCAGGGUCAUAGUCACACCUCCAUCGCGUCUAACUCCCCCGCAUCGCCGUACGGCGGCGGAGGGCUGCCGCCGCUCUCCUUGGCUGCCACAACCAGUAUGCGCAAAGACGACGUUGAUGUUGCCAACGACAUCCACGACAUUUGCGACGAGGUCGAGGAGCUUAUUCAAAAGUCGCUCGGUGUCGCCAGUACCUACAACUACCUAUCAGGUGAGCGGCGCAAGCGGCCGCGCCGCACACCAGUGCCUAAUUACCACGGGCAUCAAGUUCACGGGCAUGCGUGA